AUGGCAAUGGAGGAUCGCAACAGAAUCUGGACCACGGGCAACAUCAACCAUGGCUUCUUUGGUGAUAAUCUGCAGCAGCAGCCACUGCCGCUUCAGAGAUUGCAGACACCGGGUAACCUCAGCCUUCUUUCGGCACCCAUUCGGGCCAAUGGCAGUGACAAUGGAAACGCAACUGCCAAUGGACAUGGACAGAGUUCGGCAACGGAGAGUGCCAAUGGAAAACAUCUGCCUUAUGAGCCCAUAUCCCCAAAUCUAAUUGGUAUACAAUCGAAGUUUCGUCGAAGUUAUUACCACAAAGUGGUUCUGGGAGGGCUUCUGGCCCUCGUAAUCAUUCUGCUGAUAGCAAUCAUAGUUGUAAGCGUAGGCCUUAAGAAAUCCAGCUCGAUUUGCCGAAGCAAAGAGUGCAUUCGCACAGCGGCGAGCCUUAUCUAUGCGAUGGACGAGCAGACUGAUCCCUGUGAGGACUUCUACAAAUUCACCUGCGGCAGGUGGGCCAACGAGCAUCCGCGACCCGAUUCGGUGACCUCGAACGAUUGGUUCCGAGAGCGACAGGCGCACAUAAUGCGCGUUGUGCGGGAGUUCCUGCGCUCGAAUAUAACGACAACGGAACCAGAAGCGGUGGGCAAGGCGAAGACCAUGUAUAGAGCCUGCAUGGAUACAAAGUUGCUGGACACCCGGGACUUGGAGCCACUUGUGGGUUAUUUACUUCGCUUUGGACUGCCCAUCCUGCCGUCGGCUUUGAAUCUCACCCUAGGAAGUAGUUCCAGAUAUGCAACGGAGGCAGCUAAUGUCAGCUACAAUUGGUUGCAGACCAUGGUGGCCAUCAAACAACACCUCAGCAUGGACCUCAUCAUUGGGUUCGAUGUCUUUCCGGAUCCCUUCAACCGCUCAAUCAAUCGAAUAGCCCUGGGAACUCCAGAGACUGACUCGGCAUUUCCUUUUAACAACGAUGACUCCCAUAAGUUGCUCCGUAAGAUACACCGGAAAACGAUCUUCAUGCAAAACAGCGAUGAUGAAGACGAUACUGAAGAGGAUCGAGAAAGUGAAGAGGAGGAGGCAGCCAAGCAAACCAAUACGGGAAUGACCGCAUAUCUCAACUACGUCCGGAAAGUCAUCGAAAGGUAUUUGCUCUAUGUGGAUCCGAAUGUGAAUCAGGAGGAGGCCACCCUUGGUAUCACCGAGAUGGUCAAACAGGGCGUUAAAGUGGCAAGGAAGGUCCAUGAGUUAAAAGAGGAGGCCGAAAACAUAACCAAGCCAUCCAAAAACCCUGCGGAUGACAUUAUAUAUAUUUCUCUGCAAGAUCUGCAGAAUCAAACGGACAAAAACAUAGCUCCUAAAACACUGCCCAUUUGGGUUCGGUACAUGGAGUUAAUCCUAAAGGGCACUCGUCAUGCGGGCAACAUUCAAAUGACUCAGAACUUGACAAUAAUAACCAGUCAGGCAGAUAUAAUGUAUCUGCAGAAUGUGGUGGAGUAUCUGGAGGACACUCCAUCUUCUCAUAUCGAGUCCUAUCUAUUUCUAAGCACUAUCGAGGAGCUAGUGCUGCACACUUCAAGUUCAAUGAGGUUACUCCACUCGGAAUACAUGAGAGUGGCCAUUGGCACUGAGGGCAGCACUCCGAGAUCCCUCUACUGCGCUAACGGAGUGAACAGCUUAUUCGGAAUGGCAGUAAGUUAUGUCCUGGCAGAUGAUAAUUUCACCAAGGAAAAGUUACCAAAAGUAGAGCGGAUGUUAAGCGAUAUACGGCGCUCCUUCGAUCGUCUGGUUAAGUCCACUUCCUGGAUGGAUGCCUCCACUAAGAGAAAAACGAUACAAAAAUCAGCUGAGAUGAAGAGCUUCAUUGGUUUUCCCCCUUGGCUGCGUAAUGCCACCGUAUUAAAUGCCUAUUACGAGGGGGCGGAGGUGAAUGUCAGCACCCACCUGGAAAACCUCAUGGACUUCGUCCACUGGCAGAUGAUGGACAAGCUGAACGAAAUGGAUAAGCCGGAGCCCAUUGGCUGGGCCACUUCGCCUUCGAAUGUGAAUGCCUUCCACACCUUUCAAUCGAAUGCAAUCACUGUGCCCAUUGCCAUAUUGCAAUACCCAUUUUACGACCUUGGUCUAGAGGCGCUCAAUUAUGGUUCGAUUGGCACUAUUCUGGGCCACGAACUCACGCACGGCUUUGAUGAUAGCGGCAGGAGGUUCGACCGGGCGGGUAACAUGGUCGAAUGGUGGUCCAACAGGACCAUCGAUGAGUAUGUCAACCGUACAGAAUGCUUUGUGGAACAGUACAGCCGUUACCACCUCGCGGACAUCGAUGAAUAUAUCGAUGGCGAACUGACGCUGGGCGAGAACAUCGCGGAUAACGGCGGUAUGCGGGAGGCCUUCUAUGCCUACCGCCUUUAUGUGAAAGAAGUGGGUCGUGAGCGGUUCAAAUUGCCCGGCCUGGAGCACUAUUCCCACGAGCAGCUCUUUUUCAUCUCAUUUGGUAAUCUGUGGUGCGAGACUUAUACGCCGGCAGCAUCCCGGUAUGCCCUCAGCGACUCGCAUUGUCCUGGGCAAAUGCGAUUACGAGGAGUUCUCUCAAAUUCGGAGGAGUUCGCCAAGACCUUUAAGUGCGCCAGAGGAACUCCUAUGAAUCCUAACCAGCCCAAGUGCCGCAUCUGGUAAUCGUGAUGCUCAACGAAUAAGCAAUUCAAACAGGAACAGUCAAGUGAUUUUUCUACCCAUUUGUACUUAAGUUAGCCAUAGAUUUAGGUCAAUUAUACAGGUGUCUUUUGCACGGUUCUAGAUGGUGG